GACCCUUUGAAUUCUAUGGGGCUGAUCGCUACAGCCCUCAUCCUUUCCCUCUCAUCGGGUGCCGUCUAGCAUUGAAUUGUUAUCUUCGUAUACAAUUUUUUGCACCAGCAUAGAUCUCCGUGUCAACCCAGUCCAUUGAAGAUAGACGUCCCUUGUUGCUUCUUGUUAUUAUUCUUCCAAUUCUCCGUCCCCGGAUAGCAGGAAGGUAUCUCUAGUGAUCGCCGUAUUCCCGUCCCCCGUUUUUCGGGAUCCCGUUCCGCCUCUGUGAUCCUGUCUCGGGCAGUUGGGGUGUUCACUUGUCCUGGGCCUCAUUUGCGGUGGGAGAAGCCACGGGAGUAAUAAUUUCUUGCCCUUUUCCUCUCCGGUUGGCGUUCCCCGGGCAGUGUUAUUUUUAUCUCGUCAGGUCACGGUUCAGUAAGCAAUUCGCCGCAUCCGCCGUCCUUGUCGUCGUCACCUGUUACCCGUCAGCUGGGCCUCGAUAGACCAUGUCCAUUCCUCACGAUGUAAGCUCCGCUCGCCGGAGGAGCUUUGCCUUCUUCUCCCGACCAAACAAUCCCCCGGAAGCCGACAUUACCACCUGGCCAGUCAGGGAGUUGAUCACGAAACAGAGGCCAAAGUCCGCCUUCUUUACAACCGGCGGUACUGGGUAUGAAGAGGUUGCUACCGUGGUUUGGACAAACAUAGGUUCCCGCCCCAGGCUUCUCACGAAAACCCUUGGCCCGCGUCCCAGAUCGAUGUUCGCAUCCUCAAGGGGUAGGGACCCCGGUAGUCCCCAAGUUGAAUCGUCUGCAAGUUCUUCGAUCGGUUCCUCACAGUCGGACAACAUGCCUCUCCUGCAUCCGAGCAGCAGGGUUAUCAUCCAUUCGGGAGAGGUGGUUUCAAGCGGUGGCCUUCUGCGGAGGAAAAAGGAAUUUAUGGUUUUGACUAGCGAUGAAUUGUUAAGAUACAAGUCGGAGUCCAAAGCUAGCGAGGCUUUUGGAUUGAGUGCACGGUCGCCAACGACUGGGAGGACACCUUCGAUUGGUUCGGCCGGUGAUUUUGUCAGUGAACAUGCUUUGGUCACUAUGAUGAAUCAGGUUGUUGCCGUCUACCGCUUCGGCUGCGAGGGGGAGCUCGCUUGCUCCGUCCAGGUUGAUCACCUCGACGACUCUAAUGGAACGCCUUCCUCGACAAUUCUACAAGUUGGGUCAUCCAGGGAAGCUCAGGAGUGGUUGGAUAUAUUACGCCAAGUAUCGCAGACUUGCAGGUCUGCUAGGCCACCAUUAGCCUUCUCGGAUUCUACCGUUAAACAUAUCGCACGCCGGCUUGAAGCGGAUAAGGACUAUUCGCCAGCCCACUUCCAGAUAUUUAGAAUCGUGCAAAGAUGUGGAAAGGUCCAGGGGAGAGCUGGGUCGAGCGAGGAUCUACACAAGAUGUACUCGACGAUUUGUUACCUCGUCAUCGGAAUACACAAGGUUCACUUUGUUCCCCUGCCCAAGUGCCCUUCCAACAACAGCAGGAGCACCACUUCACUCCUUUCCACUGCAACACCAAGCUCUCACGGGAUUCUAAAUCUCGUUGGGAUUGCAAUUUCGGAUGUGGACGAUUCAUUCACCCUUACCUUCAGGUAUACUCCCCGUGAAUGUUUGGAUGGAUGGAUGGAUGGAUGGAGCUUGGUGCUGACAUGUGGGUAAAAAAGAUCCCCUUGCAGGCCGCCGCAGAGGGUUCACCUGGCUUCUACUGAAGCCCCUGAAAUAAUACGGUCAAUCUGCCAAGCUGCAGAGCACUUACGUCCUAACUGGCUCAUCCCUCCAUUCUCUAUUGACAUACCGCAGAACAUGAAGGAUGAGUCGAUCCCGGAGAUCCCUCCGACCCCGGGUGAUGACUAUAACGGCUUUGACCGUACUCUAUCUGCUUACUGUGGGGACCACUAUCUUCGUGCCUUUACCCGGUUUUUCGCUAAUCUGUUCUUUAGGCACGGCUUAUGAUUUGGAUGCUUCGAACAUUGUCUAUGGAAUCCAUACCGAAGUGGAGGAUUCUCCUCGAUUCGUGCUCUACCCACCGGCCUACUCUAGGCGGCGCCAAUACACGGAUCUGGAGUUGCUUGCGGUCAUGAGGUCGCUUAGAUGGAACGAGGCGUUUGCUUCCUUAUCCUUUCGCGGGAUUAGUUUGGAGGCGUUACACGGCAUAGUCGAUACGCAUGGCACAGAGAAUGAGCCAAAUUGCAGUCGAUCCGGACGGCCUAUCGGCAUCAAGUCGGCUGGCAACAGGAGGUGUUCGCUCUUGAUACACGAAAUUCGGGCAUUGGCCCUAUGCAGCAGCAAGUUACGAAGGUUGGAUGUCUAUGAAUGUAUGAGACGAAAAACGCGCAGGGAAGACCUUGCUGGAACUUUCUCCCCCGAGGGCGGAUGUGGUAUUGUGGAAGCUGUCAUGCCAUUGUGCAGGAGAGGUCUAACAAACUGUGAUUGGUUUGAUCUGACGGGAAUCGAACUGGUUGAAUCGGAUCUUGAUUGGCUUGUUGAUGCGGCCGCCUCCAGGCUUGCCCAUUUCCGUGGUUUCGAACUUGCCCGCUGCGGCUUGACGGAGAGAAUGAUGACCCUGUUUCUCAACGCGCUGGCUACCCACGAGAACACCUUGGAAUCGUUGAACCUGUGCGGGAAUCCCGGCCGGAUACACGCCCCUAGUCUUAAUAAUUCGAUGUCCUAUUUUCCAUUUCUCAGGAAAUUGAACCUUUCACGGCUCUUACGGACCUCCGGCGAGGAUCCACUGCUCACGGCAGAGACAUUGCUGAGAUGGAGAUUGGAGGACUUGGACCUAAGGUACGGUCGAUGGCUUAAUUCUCGGAUAGUGUUUGCUAACUAGAAGUAGCGAGACAAAGCUUAACAAGGAGACUAUUGACGCCGUGGCAGCGUACCUUGCUAGCUCACAGUCCGACUCACUGCAUCACCUGACUCUUACUCAGUGCGGUCUGACCUCAAAGGAUGUUGCUGUGGUCAUGGGUUCAAUGUCACGAGCAUCGGGGAAACCAAGAAAUAUGCACCUCUACGUCGGGCAGAACCCGCUUUCAAAGCACCACGACGCAUUGGUUGAAUGCAUUCUUUCGGGGACUACUCCAUCUCACUUAACAAUGAGAAUGGUGGACUACCCUAGGGAGGAAAUGUUUCGGGAGUUCGUAACGGCAAUGACUGCCAACAAGACUAUCAGUUUUCUUGAUAUAUCCAAGGUCUCUUUGCCAUAUGAGGCUGGUCAAGACACUUGUGCCGCUCUGGGCGCGCUGUUCGCGAAAAAUUCCACUUUGAAGGAGCUUGAUAUAUCUGGAGAGCAAGCUGUUCUGGAAAGCGCUAGGUAUGAUUCUUCUAUUGCCACCGUUGUAAUGCCCUUGCUGACGUGUUGGAUAGUUUGGGAGCUGGACUUAUCAAUGCCCUGGGCCGGCUUUCUGAGAACAAGACUCUGGAAAUUCUGAGGAUUGAGCGUAACGCCCCCCCCCCCCCCACACAGUUGAUAGCCCUGGAUGGCUGCUUAUAUCUAGUUCAUAGUACAAUCGCUCGGCACUCCUGGUGCAAUGGGGUUGGCCUCCAUGUUAACAAAGAAUACCGCACUCAAGGAAAUUUAUUGCGAGAUGAAUGAGAUCCAUCUUCAAGGCUUCUCCGCCAUAGUUAAUGCUAUGGAACAGAACGAAACGCUACUAUAUCUCCCCCGCAUGGAUCGUGACAGGGUCGAGCACAUCAAAUACCUCAAGGACAAGUUGUUUCAGCCCAGUAAAACCGCAGUUAGAUCGGCGGCCAAUUACCAUAAAGGGAAGGACGGGAAGAAGGAGCACCACCACAAGAAGCUGAGAAGGUUGAACAAAGGAGAGAAGAAGGUAACCUUUGCGGAUGGCGUACUGGGGGCCACUGGGGUGGAGCAAAGCCUAAUGCUCCUCGACGAGAAGUGGGAGAGUGAGGCGCAGAGACUUGUCAAAUUCUUGGCCAGGAAUGCGCAGUUGCAUGACGAAAAACACAAUGACCGCGCCUGGGUAGUUCGUUGAACCAUUUGCUUUUGUUUUGAUUCUUUCACAUUCUUUCUCUUAUCAUUGGCUCUUUUGACCUUUCUUCCUUCCUUCCUCACUGCUGCUACGCCCUUUCGCUUCUCCUUUAUGGGUGAGUCAACAAAAAGAACUUGCUACUAAAAACUCCUUUCCACCUUUUUAAGUUGCCUGUUUUAUAUUUCAUCAGCAUUUUUACGGUUUUCAUAAUUCGCAUUUCAUCGGGUUCGGUAUUUUCUUCCCAUCUGCUGUAUUUCCUCACUUUUCCUUUCCUGGGUCGGAUGCAUAGGGAAUGGAGUUCUUGUUCAUUGCUUCUAGUUUCAUCUUUCUUUCUUUUCCUUUCUUCUUUUCUCCUACCCCUUUCCCUCAUUCCUACUCGCUCACCUUUUCCCACAUUGGCACCUAAACCCACUUAGUGCCGGGUGAAAAGAGAGAACAUCGAAAAUAAAAAUAAAGUUAUGAUGCAUUAGUCUUCAUCAGAGUUGGUGUUCCCAUACCGGUGGAGUAGCCAUCCUGUCCUACUCGAGUACGGUUUAUUAUGUAUACCAUCAUUGCGCAUGCGGUACCGGUAUGUAUGAUAAAGGAAAUGGGCUCGUACAGAAAUGUACUUGUGGCAUCAUCAUCUCCUAGCAUAUUUUUUCGCA